GCCGGCUCGGUGCAGCGGGAGCGGGCGGCGCCGCGGGGAGGCGGGCAGGCGUGCGGGGGGCGGGCAGCGCGGGGCGGCGGCCGCCCGGCUUUAUAGGGAGCGAGGGAGGCGGCGUCUGCGGGAGGGGAGCGCAGGAGGCGGUUCUCUUCCCGGUGCCAUCCCCAAUCCCGCCGUGCGAGUGCGGGGCUGGCGGCGGCGGGGUGGCCAUGGCCUCCAUGGCGGCGGCGAUCGCCGCUUCCCGCACGGCGGUGAUGAACGGGAACCGGCCGCUGGACGAGCGGGAGCGCAAGCGGUUCAGCUACUUCUCCUCGCUGAGCCCCAUGGCGCGCAAGAUCAUGGCGGAGAAGGAGCGGAUCCGCGAGCGCUACGGGCCCGAGUGGGAGCGGCUGCCGCCCCGGCAGCAGGACGAGAUCAUCGACAAGUGCCUGGUGGAGCCGCACGUCCAGGCCCGCUACGCCGCGCACCGCGGCACCACCCGCCCGCCCGCGCAGCCCGCCUCCUACCCCAGCCUGCGCCUCAACACCGGGCAGAAGGUGGUGCGCUUCGGAGACGAGGAUAUAACUUGGCAAGAUGAACACUCAGCUCCAUUCUCCUGGGAAACGAAGAGCCAGAUGGAGUUCAGCGUCGCAUCUCUCUCCAUACAAGAGCCAGGUGGUGCCCAGCUGCAGAGCGAGCAGAGGCAGCCUGCUAAAGCAGCGCCCGGUGCCCAGGUCCCUAAAUCCUCUCAGGCCAAUAAACCCCCUGGCCCUGAGGGGUUGAUAGCACCCAGGAAGGAAGAGGAGUCGUCCUUCUGGAAGAUAAACGCAGAGCGCUCCAAGUUCGAAGGAGACAAGUCUGAGUUCCAGUCCCUGACCCCCAGCCAGAUCAAGUCCAUGGAGAAAGGAGAGAAGCCCCUUCCCUCUUUCUACAGACAGGAGUCUGCUCCAAAGGAGAUGCCCAAAGCUGAGAAGCCCAGCACAACUAAAGCAGAGAAGGCUGCUGCCCUCAGCACACCCUCUGUGUCUCUCGAGUGGGAGAAACCCCGACCCACCCAGCUCCCCACUAGUUCUCUAGAUGACUUCUUUCUUCCUGAUCCACCACAGGAUCUGGCAUCUUCUAGGACAAACAAGGAGGAUACUGAUGGUACUAUACUUACAGACCCACAAAUGCCUGGACAGACUAGUACAAGCAAUGUUAUCUUGAAGACUGGCUUUGAUUUUCUAGACAACUGGUAAAAGAUACUUCAAAACAGAUCAAACCAAUUUUGGGGAAGGAGUGGAACACCUUUUUCCUUGUAUGUUAAUUUACUAGCAUUUGUGUCUUUUUCUAGAAGUAACUUUCAAACUCUUAAAUGUUGCCUUUGUAUAAACUUUUGUAAUACCAUAUGCGUUUUUGUUUUUUAA